UCGACAGACUUUCAGCUCUAUUAGGUUGCACGAUUUUUCUUGCAUUUCGUGACAAAAAGAGCAAUUUUAUUUCAAUGGCGCCGUUUAAACGCGUACGCCAGCAAAAAAUGACAACACAAUUAUUGCUCGAUUUUGAUUUGGGUGAAAGUUCAUCAGACAGUGAUUUUUUGCCAGACAUAGACAAUUGCUCGGAUGGCUCAAAGGACGAAAGCGACGGCGAUGGCGACAGCAGCGACGCCAGCAGCAACAGCGAUAACAGCGACAGCGAUGCAGAUGGUAAUUCUGGCGAUGACAGCGAUGAUUCCACGCUACAAUUGCGCCAGCUGCUAGCUGAGAGCAACAACAAUGCACAGCAGGACGCAUCAACACAACCGGCAGCUGAUGCACCCGCACAGCUCGCUCUAGUGCCGGUGCCUCGUAUAAAUGGCUUCAAUACGGAGCCAGUGGCCCCGCCAAAGCGUAUGUGCUGCGUGUGUCUGGGGGAACGCAGUGACGAUGUCAACGAAAUUGUGGAAUGUGAUUCGUGUGGUGUCUGUGUGCACGAAGGCUGCUACGGCGUUAGCGACAAUGUGAGUAUCUCCAGCACGAAUUCCACCUGCUCCACCGAGCCCUGGUUCUGCGAGGCUUGCCGAGCCGGCGUCACGGAGCCGGAUUGUGAGCUGUGCCCCAACAAGGGCGGCAUUUACAAGGAAACAGAUGUGGGCAAAUGGGUGCAUUUGAUAUGUGCUUUAUAUGUACCGGGCGUAGCUUUCGGUGAGGUGGAACAGCUCAGCUCGGUGACGCUUUUUGAGAUGCAGUACAGCAAAUGGGGCGCCAAACUGUGCUCGCUGUGCGACAAUGCGCUCUUCGCACGCACCGGCGUUUGCAUCGGCUGCGAUGCGGGCAUGUGUAAAACGUAUUUCCAUGUCACAUGCGCGCAGUCCGCCGGUUAUCUGAUCGAGGCCCAUCACGACGAUGACGCGGCGGAUCCAUUUUACGCCCACUGCAAGGUGCACUCGGAGAAGGAGAUGAUCAAGAAACGUCGUCGCAAUUACCACACUCUGCGCCUCAAUAUGCUGCAGCAGGCCAAGCAACGAGCUCUGAUCGAAGCCAAUCGACCGUUAAUCGAAGCUAAUCCAAAUCCAGCACAGGCGCGCAUUCAACGGAAGCUAUUGAAGAUACAGCAAAAAUAUGCGCAACACAAGCAAAUGAAGCCAACACCAUGGGUUCCCACGCAAAAGAUGUCACGUCUGCUAACUAGCUCGGCUUCGGCCUGCCGUCGUCUGCUGGCCAAGGCAGAGUUCAUGGCCGUUGAUGUGCAGCACUUGGAGCAGCGUGAGGCGAACAUACAAGCACUCCAGGACAUACGCAAAAAAUGGCAUAUAGCUCCAGCAUUUAGUGUUGAGUUCACGGCUUACUAUAUGGAUCGGAUUGUUCGCAUGGCGGAAUUUAGGCAACAGCAGCAGGAGCUCGUGCAGCAUAAUGCCGCUUUGAGUCAGGCGCAGGAUGUGCUGCGUGCCAAGUAUGACAAUGCCUUGGAGGAGCGCAAGCAAGUGAAGGCUACGCGUGAUGCUUUAGUCGCGUCCAUCAAGUCGCUGCAUAGCAGCUUAUCGCAGCUUUGUCCCGCUCUGAGUUUACCACCCGUAGAGCGCAUUGCACGCCCGUUGCCGGAACAGCCGCCCAAGGUGGCGACACCGCCACAACGGCCCAUUUCUGUGCCCACAGCGGCAGCUCUGAAAAUGGGCGUUGGUUUUCCCCUUGCCCACUUGGGCAAUAAGCUGGACAACUCCCGCAUGCUGAGUACUCAGCAAUCGCAUAGUAAGGCAUCCACCAUUGCGCCCGCCGUUAGCUGUGGCAUCUGCAAGCGCAAUAAUGACCAGCAUUUGCUUGUGAAGUGCGACACUUGCAAUCUGCACUAUCAUUUGGGCUGCUUGAAUCCACCGCUGACGCGCCCACCCAAGAAAUCCAAGCAGUAUGGCUGGCAAUGCUCCGAGUGUUGUGACAAAUCAGACGUAUCCGAUGCGGUGACUGAAAUCUCCCCAGGGCCGCGUAAAUCGCGCACGCGCUUUAACAAGGACGGGCAUUUAGUCUAUGUGGAUCGUUACUCACUAGACGAUGUGCCCAAAGAGACGCCUCAGCAUUAUAAAAGAGCUCAUAACAAAACCAUGCCUGCAACCAUUGACACUGGCGAUGAUUACAGCAAGUCGCCAAAGCGCUCUAGGAUGCAGUCGCCAAGAAAGACCCCUGUGAAUGCUCAAACGGUCGCUCACAUAGACCUUACGAUUCCCCAAGCUGCAAAUAUUUCCCAUCUGUCUGGCUGCGAGGACUCCAUUGAUGAUUCCAGUGGCAAGCAAUCAUCGCGCAAGGGCAAGCGCAAGGAUAAGCAUAAAAACAAGCACAACUUGUCAUCGGAUACCGAGAAGUCUUUCAGCAAGGAGCACAAACGGAAGCGUAAAAAGCGCGCUCAUGCCGAUGAGAGUACGCCCGAUAAUGCCAACUCCGGGCGACCCAUUAAGAUCAUAUUUAAAACGUUGCGCUUGCCCGGCGAAGAUGCGCCCGAGUCGCGCAGCUUUUACGUGCCCGCCAAUGCGGUGCGCUCUGUGGACGAGGCAUCACGUCCCACCUCUGUGGAAACAGUUGAGGAUGUCAUCCAACCAGAGCAGCCACCUGCGCCUGUCGUCGUGACGCCUACCGUAAUGGCGCCACAAAAAGCCGCUAAAGAGCCGAAGUUGGCUCCAGAGACGCCCUCACCACAGCGCAAGGUCAGUCCACGGAAGUCGACGCCACGCAAACAGCGCGUGGGCAGACCACGUGUAUCCACUCCUAAGGCCAAUAUUGAGAUCAAUUGCUGCAUCUGCCAGCAAGCGGCUAAAGCCAAUCAGGUUGUGACUUGUGAUGAAUGCCAUAAACACUAUCAUUUCGCCUGCCUCGAGCCGCCACUAAAGAAAUCGCCUAAAAUUCGCGGAUACUCAUGGCACUGUGCCGACUGUGAUCCCACGGACGAGGAGGCACUGCCCAAAAAAUAGUUUUACACUCAACUGGUGCACAAUUAAGCAUAAGAUAUAUGAUAUCGUAUAAUUCGUUGUAAGCUCUCUUUUACCCAAGUAUUUUAAAGUGUUUUCAACUAAUCUAUAAGCUAUGUAUCAUGGCAUCCAAAUAUUUAUUAUCUUAAUGAUAAUAUCU